UGUGCUCUCUUUUCUGUGCACAGUGUCAGUCCACUGGUGCAUUUUCAUGGCUGUUUCUCUUAAUUACUUUGAAAUCCGUUUGUGUCUUUUCUCUUACUCUUUUUUUUCUGUCUUUUCUCUGAUUCUGUCAACAAAUAUCAUCCUUCUUUUUUGACAAUUUUAUUUUUGGUUUAACUUUACACUCUUUCUCGCUUCAUUAAAUAAUAAAUAUUGGCCUCCAACUUUCCCAAGAAAGUAUUUUCCUCGUAGUGUUUGUACAACUAAGCAAUGAUGCUAUUGCUCCCUACUUUUUCUCCAAUCAUUUCUGCUUUAAAGAACUUUGAGAUAAAGCCGAUUCAACUUUCCAGUAAAUGUUAUGUUUCUUUAUGAUAAGAGUUAGAUCAUUUGGAUGAUGACCCCAAUCAGUUUCUCUUGCUCUAGAAUUGGAAUUUGAAGCCUAGCUUUGCCUUAGGAUGGAGAUUUUCUGGGUUUCUUUCCGUUUCUUCUUUCCUGCUCUCAUUCUUGCCAUGCUUGUUCCCAUUUCAACUGCACAGCUGACUCGAAGCGAAACCCGAAUUCUUUUCCAAGUUCAGAAGCUCCUUGAGUACCCUGAAGCUCUUCAGGGGUGGACAAAUUGGACCAAUUUCUGUUUCCUCCCUCCCUCACCUUCUCUCAGGAUUGUCUGCUCAAACAAUCGCCUAACUGAAUUGUCUAUUGUCGGAAACAAGAGCUCCCCUUCUCACAGCCCAAAACCUGAUUCUGGGGAAUUUGCUGUUUCUCAGCAAACUCUGUCUGAAAGGUUCUCCAUUGAUCCUUUCUUCACUGUUCUAACAAAGCUUUCAAGCUUGAAAGUGUUGUCACUUGUUUCCUUGGGCUUAUGGGGUCCUUUGCCAGCCAAGAUCAAACGGUUCUGGUCUCUUGAAGUGCUAAAUAUUAGCUCGAAUUUUCUCUAUGGAGAGAUUCCUUCAUCAGUUGCUUCGUUGAAAAGUCUGAGAAGUGUUGUUUUGGCAGAUAAUUUGUUCAAUGGGAGUGUUCCAGAUCUUAAAAGUCUGGUGGCUCUUCAGGAGCUGAAUUUGGGUGACAACCAUCUUGGACCGGAGUUUCCCUCGCUGGGCAACAACCUUGUAAAAAUCAUAUUGAGCAACAAUUCUUUCAGAUCUCAGAUUCCCUCAGAAGUCAUGAACUUCGCUCAGCUCCGGCACUUUGACAUCUCUUCCAAUCACUUUCAGGGACCAAUCCCAUCUUCUCUGUUCUCUCUGCCCUCGAUUCAGAAUCUCAGUUUGUCAGAAAAUCAACUAACCGGGGCUCUUCCUGUGAACACACCAUGCAAUCAUGAGCUUGAGCUUGUAGACAUUUCAAACAACCUUUUGAUAGGAAAACUGCCACCUUGCCUGGUAUCAAAGUCUUCAAAUCGUACUGUACUCUACUCAUGGAACUGUUUGUCUGGAGGGAACUCAAAUUACCAGCAUCCAUUUACAUUUUGCCACAGAGAAGCAUUGGCCGUUAAGCCUCCAAUCAAAAGUGAGGAGCAGAAAUCUCGCAUCAAGCUAGGCCUAGUACUUGGUAUCAUUGGAGGUGUCGUGGCCGUUGCCGGAAUUCUCGGAUUUCUGGUUUUGGUCAUUGUUCGAAGGGCAGCUGGGAGGAGAGAUGAAGAUAACAAAUUUGACAGAUCUGUAGCAGAUAAAAUGUCUGUCCGUGGCUCGCCAAUAUCAAACAUUGAUGCAAGACGUGUACCCCAGACAAUGAGGUUAGCAGCACUGGGGCUCCCACCAUUUCGUGUUUUCACAAUGGAGGAGAUUGAAGAUUUGACAAAUAACUUCGACCCAUCAAAUUUGAUGGGGGAAGAAUCUCAAGGACAGCUUUAUAAAGGCUGGCUAAGAGAUGGUUCAGUGGUCCUGGUGAAAUGCCUGAAAUUAAAGCAAAAGAUUUUGCCGCAGAGCUUGAUGCAGCACAUUGAAGUGCUAUCCCAGCUGAGGCAUAGGCAUUUGGUCAGCAUCCUUGGACACUGCAUUGUCACUUAUCAAGACCGCCCCAAUACAGUUAGCACUGCUUUUAUUGUUUUUGAACACGUCCCAAACGGAUCACUGAGGAAUUAUCUCAAUGAUUGGCGAAAGAAGGAGAUGCUGAAAUGGCCACAGAGAAUGGCAAUCACCAUUGGCGUAGCGAGGGGUGUGCAGUUCCUGCACACGGGGAUUGCACCCGGUAUAUUUGGAAAUAAGUUAAAGAUCGAGAACGUUUUGUUGGAUAAAAGCCUCGCCGCAAAAAUUAGCAGCUAUAACAUUCCCCUGCUAUCUAAGGUAGAUACAGAGAACAUUCUCAGUGGACAGGCCAACCAUCUCAGCAGCACUGAAACUGCAGAAAAAGAAGAUAUUUAUCAAUUGGGCGUCAUCCUGCUUGAGGUUAUAACCGGAAAACUGAUCACAUCAGCCAGUGAGGUGAAUGACCUAAAACAUCAGCUAGAGGAUGGCUUGGCAGAAUCAGCAUCCGAAUUACGGGUCGCAGUCGAUCCAUCCAUUCAAGGAUCUUUUGCAUAUCAAUCACUCAAAACGGCAGUUGAAAUUACCCUCAAUUGCCUCUCCAAAGAUUCAAGCAAGCGCCCUUCAAUAGAAGACGUUCUUUGGAAUUUGCAAUACUCAAUCCAAGUUCAAGAAGGAUGGACUAGCAGUGGAAGCCUAAGUACACAGAUGUAAAAUGCCAGAUUUUCCAGGCUUAAAUGAAAAAACGAAGAACUACCACCAUGUCAUUUGGUCUUUUGCGCUACCAUUCAGUCAUGCAAAUAAAUGUAAAUAGAACUGCCCUUGCCCCUA